AAACUCUAUUAUGAACACGGCAGCACUUGACUAGUUUUUCUUCCUUUCUGCUGCUGGACACUGAGUUCAGGGCCUCUACGCAGGCUAGACAAGCACUCUUCCUCUGAACUGCCGUCCCAGCCUGUGCUGUGUAUUUACAGGAAUGAUUGAGCAAGAGGGACUCUGCCAAGCUGGAUUUAACAGCGCUCUUCUUAUCUAUGUUAGAGCCAGGAGAGAGCGCAGCUGCUCCAUGGCCUCUUGGUCCUAGCAGCCCUGCGUCCUCAGGAACUUCAGCUGGAGAAAGGGGUGUAGCUGGCACUCCUUUCCAGGGAGUGUUGGUCUUGUGCUCCUGAAAACAACUUCGUAUAAAGUUGACAAGGUCUCGCUGUGUAGAUCUAGCUGGCCAAGAACUUGCCUAGGAGACCAGGCUGGCCUUAGAGUCAGAGAUUCACGUGUCUCUGCCUUGAGAGUUCUGGAUCUACAGGUGUGUGCACCAUCAGCCUGCGGGUCUUUUCUCACAGUUCUGCAGCACCAUGAGGCUUGCCACAGUCCUUGUCUUCUGCUCUUUGUUCAUGGGAGUCAGUGGUGACGGCUGGUAUUCGUUCUUCAAGGAGGCCAUACAAGGGACUUGGGACUUGUGGAGAGCCUAUCGGGACAAUCUAGAAGCCAACUAUCCAAACUCAGACAGAUACUUUUCUGCUCGGGGAAAUUUUGAGACUCAAAAGAGGGGAGCUGGGGGCAUCUGGGCUGCUAAAAUAAUCAGCACCAGCAAGAAAUACGUUCAAGGCCUCCUAAACCGGUAUUAUUUUGGAAUGAGAAACUUUGGACUGGAAAGCCUGGAGUCUACCAAGAAAGCUGAGGAAUGGGGCCGAAGUGGCAAGAACCCUAAUUACUUCAGACCCAAUGGUCUCCCUGAGAAGUUCUGAGCCUCCUACAUAGGCUGCACUGAGGGGACUGGGCCAUAAGACACAUUCCCCUCCACAUGACAGGAUGUCCUUGUUCUCGGUGUCCACAGGAGCCACGGAGAAGCUAGAGAUGGCCAACAAAUACUCUGCAGAUUGAACUUUUGGAUAGAAAUGUGAAAAUCUCAGACAUACUUUCUUCUGGUCAUACCUGGGCAUCUCUGUUUUUGUCAUCGUUGUUCCCAGGCUUUUCUGUGUAGUGAUGCCACUCUGCCUUAUCAGUCACAUUCUGUGCACAGUCUGACUCCAGACCUUGUCAUCUGUGGCCUCUUCUCAUAUAGAGAAGAACACUGCUUUGAGAAAGCCUCAUCCUACCCUAGGAAUCCUAUCCUAGACACUGCACUGGGGACCACAGGUAGAUUCCAGUUUAGGAGUGCCUGCAUAGCACGCAUGAAUCCCUAGAGGUAUCCCUAGAGCUGUAUAAACCUGGUGUUGGUACACACUUAUAUUCCUGGCACUGGGGUUGGUAGAGGCUGGUAGAGGCCAGCCCUGGUUGUAUUGUAAGUUGAGGCUAGCCUGGGAUAUAUGAUACCCUGUAUCACAAUAAGGCGCGCGCGCACACACACACACACACACACACACACACACACUGUUUUCUCACAGGGAAGGUUAUCAGAAACAUACCAUGUAGAGGUGAAAAAUCAAAGCCUGAAAGAUGCACACUUAUGUACACACUGGCAAGAAAAACAUGGUUCCAAUUAAACUAAGAUAAUGGGCUCUUAUCAUUCAGAUCCUUUAUAUUAUACUCAAUGAAAAUGUAUCUUAUUA